AGCACUACUCAUUGGCCAAAAUACACUUGUAGGGAGUAUUUAUUUCUCAGCAACACAGCAUUCCCUGUGAUCCAUGCAGUUAUAUCAGAAGUGGAUUUUGCUUCAUCAGUUGACGUGUAACAGUGAAUAAGUAUGGACAACAAAGACACAUAUUUGCUGAACUUUAAAGACUAUAAUUUUGAAUCUUCUUUAGUUGAUGCUGACUUUCUAGAAAAUCUAGAUGAUUUUGAAAUUAGAGAUGAUGAUGUCUUCAUAAUUACAUAUCCAAAAUCUGGUACCAUCUGGACUCAGCAGAUUCUCAGCUUGAUUUAUUUUGAGGGACAUCGUAACAGAACUGAAGACUUGUCAACGCUUGAUAGAGUCCCCUUCUUUGAAUACAAUAUACGCAAAACAGACUUUCUCAACAGACCGUCUCCUCGCCUCUUCUGUUCCCACCUCCCAUAUUAUUUAGUACCAAAAGGUCUCAAGAGCAAAAAAGCUAAAAUUAUUUACGUCUACAGAAACCCCAAGGAUGUUAUGACUUCAUACUUUCAUUUUUCAAAUCUGGUGGUCACGCUUGAAGCUGUGAAUAAUAUGGAACAUUUCAUGAAAAGGUUUCUAGAUGGAAAUGUGGUAGGAAGCCGUUGGUUUGAUCACCUCAGAGGCUGGUAUGAGCACAGACAUGACUUCAGUAUUCUGUUUAUGAUGUAUGAGGAAAUGAAAAAGGAUCUCAGAAGUUCUGUGCUUAAAAUCAGCCAUUUUCUUGAGAAAGAACUGAGUGAAGAGGAUGUGGAAGCUAUUGUGAAACAGGCUACAUUUCAGAAUAUGAAGUCUGAUCCCAAAGCCAAUUAUGAUGAGAUUCUAAAAUAUGAAGUUGGGAAAAGAACAGAUGAGGGACAUUUUCUUCGCAAAGGUACCGUUGGAGACUGGAAACAUCACUUGUCAGUGGAGCAAAAUGAAAGAUUUGACAAAAUAUUCCAAAGGAAUAUGAAAAAUGUGCCUUUGAAGUUCAUCUGGGAUUUAAAUGAGGAGUAAAAUCAGUGUAAAAGAAUUCUUAAAAAAUCUAACUAGAGAGGCUAUUUUAAUAUACGCAUUAAUUUGUGCUUCUUAUGCAAAUGUUAAUUAUAAAACUUUAUUAAUAAAAAAUUAGUAAACUGUGCUUAGAUUAGUUGCCAGGAGUUUGAUAAACACUUUGAAAUUUCAAAAAUUAAAAUGGUUUAGGAGAUAGACUGCAUUGAUAUCCUGUAUUAUAAAUUGAAAAACAGGCAGCAUGUAAUAGGAAUUAUAAAUGUUCUGAGUUUUCUGUAGUGUGUAUUUUUUCUUUACCUACAAUUAAAUUGAGGAUCAAUGAAACAUUAAAAUUUAUUGUAUUAUUGUCAUUAAAUAUUAAUGACAAUAAUAAAAUAAAUAAGGUCAAUAGUGUAAACUUUAGUCCAGAGGUGAAUGUUACCUCAUAGACAAAGAGUAUCAUAGCAUCAUCGUAUAGAGAAGAUAUUAAAAAUCCAAGCAUUGUUUUAAUUCCAGACAUGGUAUACAUAGUGUGUAUGCUAACUUUACAUUUUUAGUUAACCAGGUCACAUCUCUGUCAACUCUUACUGAAUUAUAAAUUAGAUAUAUUUUGCUUUAUUUUUUAUAUUCAAAGUUUAGACCAAUUUGCUAGAGCAUCCUUUUGAAACAAUUAGGUUUCCAAACAGUGCCUGACAGUUGUCAAAUCACAGUUGACUGGCUCACCAAGGCAAGUCACAAGAAAUUCUGGGAGAGAGAGAGACUUCAGCAAAACCCACCUACAGGGAGAAGAAUAUUUCAAAGACCGCUCUGAUACCUUAUUGAGAAAACGUUUGUUUUUCUGUCCUUCCUAGAGUGUAGGUAACCAUGUCAUAUUUUGCUUUAGGGUCUUCAUUCAUGUUUUUAAAAGUAGCCAUUUCACUAUGGUUUCCACAACCUCAUUAGUCAUCUGCGUUUCAAGAAACUUGCUGAUUUUUAGUUCAGUGCUUCUGGGGUUCUGAAGUGGUUUAAGGUGAUCACAGAGAAUCCCAUGAUGAAGAGAAGGCAAUGUACAUACCAGAGUAAAGGUCCACAAUGUAACAACUGUGUGAAUAAGGACUCUAUCAGGCAGGUACUGCUCAAAGAUAUAGGAGUGUUUCUAGUUAUAGUUUAAACAAGUUGGGGAAGAUGUUCAGGAAUCCAGUAGAAACAUGAGAUAAGAUUCUUUUCACUACACAGUCUGUUCAUUUCUGCCUACCACUGUGUUCAUGAGGCCUACCCUGACUACCCUAUUUAAUAAUGCAACCUCCCCAGCAUGCCUUCAGACACUUCCUCUAAUUACCAGUUUUCUAUAUUACCUUUUUAUUUCCAGAACAUUUAUCACCUUUCAAUACACUAAGCAAUGUGAUUAUGUACUAUAUAUAUUGUUUAGUGUCUGUCUUUUCCCACUAGUAUGUUAGUCUAGGAAAACAGGGAUUUUUAAAAAAAUCUAUUUUGUGCCCUAACCAGUUUGGCUCAGUGGAUAGAGCAUUGGCCUGUGGAUUGAGGGGCCCCAGGUUUGAUUCCGGUCAAGGGCAUGUACCUUGGUUGUGGGCACAUCCCCAGUAGGGGGUGUGCAGGAGGCAGCUGAUCUAUGUUUCUCGCUCAUUGAUGUUUCUAACUCUAUAUCCCUCUCCCUUCCUCUCUUUAAAAAAAUCAAUAAAAUGUAUUUUUAAAAAAUCUAUUUUGUUCAGUGCUGAAAACGCUAUCUGGAAUGUAACAGUCACUGGGUAAAUUUGUGGAUGAAAGAAUAAAUAAAUUGUUGCCUAACUUAAAGAGAAAAGUGAACGCCUAAGAGCAAAUCAAACCUAUGUACUAAAAAAGAGAGACUCAUGGACACAGACAACAGUAUGGUGAUUGCCAGAGGGAGGGGGGAGGUAGAAGGUAAAGGCGGAAUAAAUGAUGAUGGAAGGAGACUUGACUUGGGGUGGUAAACACACAAUACAAUGUACAGAGGAUGUAUUAUAUAAUUGUAUACCUGAAACCUGUAUAAUUUUAUUAACCAACACCACCCCAAUAAAUUCAACAAAAAUAAAACAAAAACAAAAUAAAGGACUUUCUAA